UUCUACUUACUCUCUUCAUUCCAUUUUUGUUGUAGUUACAAGAUAUAACAAACUUUUCACUUUUCCUUAACCUCCAACCAUGGCUCUCAAAACCCUCAUAUUCUCCUUCCUCGUCCUCUCCUUCCACACCCUCACCACUGCCGCCACCGCCGACCAACCAAGUUUCUUCGUGCGUUCCAUAGACCGUGAGAUGACCGAGAAGAAAGAAAACUACAGCCACUUCCGGUUCUACUGGCAAGACAUCGUGGGCGGGGCCAACGCCACCUCCAUCCCAAUCAUUGAAUCAAUCCCUAAGUUCAACCUCACCAGUACCUUCGGUCUGACUAGGGUCAUCGACAAUGCUCUGACGGUGGGACCCAAUCGGACCUCGAAGCUGGUGGGGCGGGCUCAGGGUUUUUACGUCUCCACAUCUCAAACAGAGUACGAUUUUUUGAUGAUUCAGACUUUCGUGCUGUUCGAAGGAGUGUACAACGGGAGCAGCAUCACCUUCUUGGCGAGGAACCCAAUUAACGAGAAGGUGAGGGAGUUGCCGGUGGUAGGAGGCGUUGGGCGUUUCCGGUUUGCUAAGGGAUAUGCUCGUGUUAACACCAUCUCUUUUGAUUACCUAACGGGUGAUACAACCGUUGAGUACAACGUUUAUGUUUCCCAUUAUCAUCAUUAGAUACUUCUUUUUUGUUGGCUUUAAUUUACACACACAGUUAAUUGUGUUUCUCAUAAGUUUCCUGUUAAACAUCCAGCAUCCACUCACAUGUGUGAUGAUGCUUAGUUUUGCUUCCUUUACAUAUAUGUGGGGUUUGAGCCUGUGAAUUAAGCUGAACCCUGUUUCUUUGUGGUGUGUCACCAUUUGAAUAAUAAUUUAUAAAUAAGUUAAAUAAAUUAAACA